CAAACUCGCAGCCAGUCCGCUGUAUUCCACGCCGUCUACACCCUCCAAAAUGCGUCUAUAAAUAGGGAUGGCCACGACCAGUCUACCACAUAAGUAACCACCGGCGCCACCGGGUUUUAAGAGCCCCACACUUUUUCUUUCCAUUAACUGUCAAAUAGUUAAAAGCCGCCGUACCUAGCAGAACAUCCCUCGUGAUUCCCAACUGCUUUUUCUCUCUCUAGAAAAUCUUUCUCAUGACACUUGACCACAAAACCACCGCCAACUCCGAAGGUGAGGUGUGCAAGACCAUCGAAGUGGUCCUUGUUGACCGCCGCGAUCUCUCUCCGCCGUCUCCUGCCGUCUUAACAUCUCCGGUCGUCGGAGAUGACCUCACCUUUAUUCCACCUUUAAACUUCGCCAUGGUUGAUAAUGGCAUCUUCAGGUCCGGUUUUCCUGACUCUGCUAACUUCUCCUUCCUACAGACGCUUGGACUUCGCUCCAUCAUAUGUCUGUGCCCUGAGCCGUAUCCGGAGCCGAACACGGAUUUUCUUAAGGCCAAUGGGAUUAAGCUUUUUCAGUUCGGGAUCGAAGGUUAUAAGGAGCCUUUUGUAAACAUUCCAGAGGACACAAUUCGCGAAGCAUUAAAAGUUGUCCUUGAUAUGAGGAAUCACCCAGUUUUGAUACAUUGUAAACGAGGGAAGCACCGAACUGGUUGUGUUGUGGGUUGCUUUAGAAAAUUGCAAAGGUGGUGCCUAUCAUCCAUCUUCGACGAGUACCAGAGGUUUGCAGCUGCCAAGGCUAGGGUUUCAGAUCAAAGGUUCAUGGAGUUAUUUGAUGUUUCUACCUUAAAGCAUAGCCCAAUGUCAUUUUCAUGUUCCAAGCGAUAAACACGGACUAAAUGGCUUUUGGUUUUCUUUGUUAGAGGAAGGGAAUCCUAAAGUACUGCUUCAGAAUAAAAUAGGAAAAGGUGAUGAGUUCCUGGAUUGCAUUACUACUGCGGCAAAAAGGAAUAAUUCUUUUUUCCUUCUUGAGGGUAAUAGGGAGCAUAUAAAUUGGCAUGUUCAACGCAUGCAACAACUCGUGCUGUAGAUUAAUCCUGAUUUCUUCUUUGAAAUUUAUAGUUAGUUGUUUCAAGCAUGUAGCUGCUCUGGCCAGUGAUUAUGAGUUUUGGCAUAGCGGCUGCAAAGGCUUAUUGUAGUCAUGAAUCAUAUAAAUAAAAGAAUUCUUGAAGCAA